ACAUGCCCCACUGUAAUCAACCAAAAACAAUGCGUUUUUGGGGCCUAUUUCGAGUUCUAGUGCAGCCCCAAAGGCCCCAAUUAGCAAGUCAGUGUCAGUUUUGUCUCACUCGGAGUAGGUUUUUUAGCUCGCAGCCCCAACCAGACAGAAAAAACGUAAAUAUCGGUACCAUAGGGCAUGUGGACCACGGGAAAACCACCCUAACGGCCGCCAUAACGAAAUACUUACACAAAAAAGGCCUGGCAAAGUACGUGCCUUAUGGGGAAAUCGACAAAGCCCCUGAGGAAAAAGCCAGAGGAAUAACAAUUAAUGCCUGUCACGUGGGCUAUAGCACAGAGAGGCGCACCUACGCUCACACCGACUGUCCGGGACACGCCGACUAUAUAAAAAACAUGAUUUCGGGGGCCUCGCAAAUGGACGGGGCCGUUCUAGUAGUGGCCGCCACUGACGGCCAAAUGCCCCAAACCCGGGAGCACUUGUUGCUGGCCAAACAAGUUGGCGUAUCAAAAAUCAUUGUAUACAUUAACAAGACUGAUUUGGUCGAUGCUGAGGUUCUGGAACUGGUAGAACUAGAAAUCAGAGAGCUGCUGGAGGAUUUCGGGUUCGACGGUGCUCAUUGCCCUCUAAUAUUCGGUUCCGCUCUAGAAGCACUAGAGGGGCAAGAUACAGAACGUGGUACCAAAUCGAUUCAGAAGCUUUUAGAUGCUUUGGACUCCUAUAUACCGUAUCCAGAACGAGAUUGUAAAUCGCCCUUUAUGCUGCCAAUAGAUAACACCUUUUCAGUGUCAGGGCGUGGUACCGUUGUAGUUGGUACCCUAACGCGUGGCACCCUAAAAAAAAACGCCGAAGCUGAACUACUAGGAUUUGAUUUAAGCCUUAAAACCACUGUAUCAGACAUACAAGCUUUCAAACAGAGUUUGCCAGAGGUCAGGGCAGGUGAUCACGUGGGAGCCCUUGUGCGAAACGUCAAAUUAAAAGACAUCAAAAGGGGCAUGGUCUUGUGCGCCCCCAAAUCUUUAAAACUAAGCAACAGAUUCAAAGCGAGCAUCUAUUUCCUGACAAAAGGCGAAGGCGGCAGGUCUAAACCAAUAGCUAACAAGUACUGUCAGCAACUGUUCAGUCAAACUUGGACAGUACCUUGCAGGAUCGAUUUAGAUGAUGACGUCACAAUGCUGAUGCCUGGAGAAUAUGGCAACGUUAAGUUGACACUUCUGUGGAAAAUGGUGAUGAGUCCAGGUCAGCAAUUCACCGUGCGGGAAAACAACUUCACAGUGGCGACUGGGAUUGUAACAGAAACCAUGCCUGAUGUGGAAGUCAAAGGGAAAUUGCAUUUGGUCGAUUAAUUGUAAAGGACUUAUGGUGACCUCAUAAUUUUAUUGUUACAGGAAUCUGUAAGUAUUCGUGCCAUGUAUAAAGUUGCAAUUUAUAGAAAUCUGUAAUAUAAUGAUUUGAUUUUAAAUGUAAAUUGAAGUAAUUAUUAUUGUUUUAGGC